AUGGCCAAAGGAAGCGACGCCGCAUCUUCGCCUGCUGCCGCAACAACCCCCGGCCUGAAGCGUUCUACCUCCAGUACCCAGAACAUGAAGAACCAGCGAUCCAUCCUCGGGUUUUUCCAGAAAUCAUCGCCGUCUACCCCGUCGACGUCCACGCGUAACGCCAACGCCGAACCCGCGUCGUCUCCGGCCCAGCGUGCUGCUGACAAGUCGUCGGUUAGGUCGAAAAAGACUAUCCAGAACCUGACGCCGGUGCCGAGUAGCGAUGUUGUUGAACCGGAUGAGGAUGUAAUCGCCAAGAGCUACUUUCAGACUGAAGUCGGUCAAAAGGAGGACCUAUCGUUGACGCCGACGAGAAAGGCUAAAAAGAAGGUCAAUUAUAUCGAGUCCGAUAGCGAGGGAGAAGAUGACGACGAGGCUAUCUUCCGGCCCAACCCGUCACGCAAGAGACGCAGACCUGCUGUUGAAAGUGAAGAUGAAUUUCAGGAAGAGGCUGAGGCGCCUGAAGAUGAAAUGGACGAUUUCAUUGUUGCCGAUGAUUCGGAAGAGGACGCCAAACCCUCUAAAAAACGGAAGAAGAUCUCCAAACCCGCGCCUCGCAAAUCUCUCUCGGACGAUGCUCCGUCGCCUGUUGUUGACGUUGACAUGGAUAUUCCAGAAUCGACAGCUGGUACCGCGAGACAAUGGACGUAUGAUCCUGAAAACAAGGAACCUCGAAAGGAACGAGACCCAGUAGUCUCAAGAAGUGGCACGAAGAGAAAGGAAAAGGCACAUGAGACAGAACCUGAAAAGCGAUAUCCAUGGUUAGCCAAUAUCACUGAUAUGGAAAGGAACCCUCCUAGCCAUCCAGACUAUGAUCCACGAAAUAUCUACAUACCGCCGCUGGCAUGGUCCAAGUUUUCGCCCUUUGAGAAGCAGUAUUGGGAGAUCAAACAGAAAUUCUGGGAUACAAUUGUCUUUUUCAAAAAGGGCAAAUUCUACGAACUUUACGAGAACGAUGCAACAAUCGGCCACCAAUUGUUUGACCUGAAACUCACAGACAGAGUUAACAUGCGCAUGGUCGGUGUACCUGAAAUGAGUCUUGAUCACUGGGCAAACCAGUUCGUCGCCAAGGGCUACAAGAUUGCUCGAGUUGACCAGUCGGAAUCUGCGUUGGGCAAAGAGAUGCGAGAACGAGAUGACAAGAAAGCCGCGAAGAAGGAGGAUAAAAUUAUCAAGCGCGAGCUAGCAUGUGUUCUUACCGCAGGAACCCUCGUCGAGGGCUCAAUGCUUCAAGACGACAUGUCAACGUAUUGCGUUGCCAUCAAGGAGGUCAUACUAGACGGACUGCCGGGUUUUGGCAUUGCAUUCGUUGACACAGCCACUGCUCAGUUCCAUCUAGCCGAGUUCACGGAUGAUGCCGACCUGACCAAAUUCGAAACAUUCGUUGCCCAGACACGACCUCAAGAGUUGUUGCUGGAGAAGUCGGCGCUCAGCCAGAAAGCAUUACGGAUUCUUAAGAACAAUACAGGACCUACGACGCUUUGGAAUCACUUGAAACCAGGCAAAGAGUUCUGGGAAGCCGAUAUCACAGUAAGAGAGCUCGAUGCUAGUGACUACUUUGUCUCCGAAGACAGGGACAACGUCGAAGCCUGGCCGCAAGUCCUUCGCGAGGCGCGCGGAAAAGAGUAUGCCAUGUCUGCAUUUGGCGCGCUGAUACAAUAUCUCCGAGUCCUGAAACUGGACCGUGAUCUGAUUACCAUUGGUAAUUUCACCUGGUAUGACCCAAUCCGCAAGGCUACAAGCCUGGUUUUGGACGGUCAAACUCUUAUAAACUUGGAAAUAUUUGCCAACUCAUUUGACGGCAGCAGUUCCGGGACUCUGUUCCAGCUGCUCAACCGCUGCAUUACUCCAUUCGGUAAACGGAUGUUUAAGCAAUGGGUCUGCCAUCCACUGAUGGAUAUAAAUAAGAUCAAUGCUAGAUUCGAUGCCGUCGAUUCUCUGAAUGCUGAUACUGUUAUUCGCGACCAAUUCUCGUCUCAGUUGACCAAGAUGCCUGAUCUGGAACGCCUAAUUUCUCGUGUUCAUGCCGGAACUUGUAAAGCGCAGGAUUUCCUACGCGUGCUGGAAGGGUUCGAGCAGAUCGAGUAUACUAUGGGUUUGCUGAAAGAACUUGGCUCUGGGGAUGGAGUCAUAGGCCAGCUCGUCUCAUCCAUGCCAAAUUUGAAAUCUCCCCUCGAGUAUUGGAAGACCGCAUUUGACAGGCUGAAGGCCAAGGAGACUGGUAUCCUUGUUCCGGAGCGUGGCAUUGAGGAAGACUUUGAUGCAUCGCAAGAGACAAUCGAGCAGCUGCACCAUGACCUUGACGCGCUUCUCAAGAGGGUUCGUCGUGAGCUCGGCUCGACAGCCAUUAUUUACAAGGACAACGGCAAGGAGAUCUACCAACUCGAGGUUCCCAUCAAAGUCAAGAACAUCCCCAAAACGUGGGACCAAAUGUCUGCCACGAAACAAGUAAAGCGCUUCUACUUCCCAGAAUUGCGCGUCCUCAUCCGCAAACUCCAAGAAGCGCAAGAGACGCAUAGCCAAAUCGUCAAGGAAGUUGCAGGCCGUUUCUACGCCCGAUUCGACGAGGAGUAUGAAGUCUGGCUGAAAUCUGUUAAAAUUGUUGCCCAAUUAGACUGUUUGAUUAGUCUGGCAAAGGCUUCGUCGUCGCUCGGACAGCCAAGCUGCAGACCGGUCUUUGUCAACGAAGAUCGAAGCAUACUCGAAUUCGAGGAACUGCGCCAUCCAUGCAUGCUACAAAACGUCGCCGACUUUAUCCCGAACGACGUGAAGCUUGGAGGCGAGACGCCAAAUAUUAACCUGUUAACUGGCGCGAAUGCAGCGGGUAAAUCAACGAUCCUCCGAAUGACCUGCGUCGCAGUCAUCAUGGCCCAAAUCGGCUGCUACCUACCCUGCGAAUCCGCACGCCUAACACCCGUUGAUCGCAUCAUGUCUCGCCUGGGCGCCAACGACAACAUCUUCGCCGCACAGUCGACGUUUUUCGUCGAACUCUCCGAAACCAAGAAAAUCCUCUCCGAAGCCACACCCCGCUCCCUCGUCAUCCUCGACGAACUCGGACGCGGCACGAGCUCUUACGACGGCGUCGCCGUCGCCCAAGCCGUGCUGCACCACAUCGCAACACACAUUGGCGCCCUAGGCUUCUUCGCGACACACUACCACUCCCUCGCCGCCGAAUUCUCCGGCCACCCUGAAAUUGCACCUAAGCGGAUGCGCAUCCACGUCGAUGACGAGGAACGCAGGGUAACGUUCCUAUAUAAGCUCGAGAAAGGGGUUGCAGAGGGUAGUUUCGGCAUGCAUUGUGCCUCGAUGUGCGGGAUUCCGGACAAGGUUGUGGAGAAUGCCGAGGAGGCGGCGAAGCAGUGGGAGCACACCAGUCGGCUUACUGAGAGUCUGGAGCGGCAGAAAGGCGGCGGGCUUGUUGGCUUGGGAUGGUGGAGUGAUGUUGCCUGGCUGCUUCGCGACGAUGCGGAGGUUUCGGAGAGGGGAUUGGAGAUUCUGCGGAAAGCGAUAGAGGGGCUGUAG